UUCGCGUGUGCAACCCUGCGAGUUCAUCCCUCUUCGCCUUCGUGCUCUGCAUCUUGCGAUCUUCCGGGUUCUCUUGCGUCUGCCAUUGCAGUUCGAUUGUCGUCUAUGAAGCUACUGAGGAGAUUUUCUGUUUCGAAGUGAUUCUGGGGUUAGCGGAAGUGAAGAGGCGCAGUCAAGGUUUGGAAAAUUCACGGCUUCUGGGGCAGAUGUUGCCCCGAAUCUGAGAUUGCUAGGCCAAUCGGGCAAGAUUUUUGCUUCUAUUUCAUCUGGUGGUGAGGCCGUGUCAUCGCAGAGUUUUAUUUUCAUCGGAUCGCACGAGAGAGAGGGAGAGGGAGAGGGAGAGUGAGAGAGCGAUAUAGGGAAGCGAGAGAGAGAGAGAGAGAGAGGGGGAGGGAGGGAGAGUUGCUACGAAGCGGGGAUGGUGCUCGUGGGCGCAGUGCGCGAUUACCUGAACCGAAUGCUCAAUGACAUUCCAGGGAUGAAAGUCCUGAUUCUUGAUGCUCAAACUGUGGGCAUUAUUAGUGUAGCAAUGAGUCAAUCGGAGCUUCUCCAGAAGGAGGUUUUUUUGGUGGAGAAAGUGGACGCUCAAGCCAAGGAGGCAAUGGGGCAUCUGAAGGCUGUCACGUUCCUGCGCCCUACGGUAGAAAAUAUUCAGCAUCUCAAGCGCCACUUGAACAAUGCACGAUUUGGAGAGUACCAUUUAUGUAGUUUUCAGCAAUAUCAUCAAGAAGUCCUACAUCCAGAUACUUGCUGACUCUGACGAGCAUGAUUUAGUUCAACAAGUGCAAGAAUUCUAUGCCGACUACUUUGCAAUAGAUCCCUUUCAUUUUACAUUGGAUUUACCCGCAAACCAUGUAUCUAUGCUGCCAACUGUGGUGGAUCCACACAACAGCCAGCAAGCUUGCGACCGGAUGUUGGAUGCCAUUGCUGCUGUCUUUCUAUCUCUUAAAAAACGACCCGUUAUACGAUAUGAGCGGAGCUCCGAAAUAGCUCGCCGAGUUGCUCAGGAUGCUGCGAGGUUGAUGUAUGAACAUGAACAAGGUUUAUUUGACUUUAGACGAACCGAGGUGGCUCCAUUGCUCUUGGUGGUUGAUAGGCGUGAUGAUCCAGUCACACCUUUACUGAACCAGUGGACCUACCAGGCUAUGGUGCAUGAGCUGCUUGGUAUCCAGGAUAACCGCGUUGACCUUACUAAGCUCCCCAAAGUACCAAAAGACUUGCAGGAAGUUGUGCUAUCGUCUCAGCAGGAUACAUUUUUCAAAGCAAAUAUGUACGAAAACUUUGGAGACUUAGGUGCCAAUAUAAAGAAGCUUGUGGAUGAAUUCAAAGUGAAAGCCAAAAGCAAUCAGAAUAUCCAGUCCGUUCAGGACAUGGUUAAGUUCGUAGAGAACUAUCCGGAGUAUCGCAAUCAACAUGGGAAUGUUUCAAAACAUGUAACAAUGAUGACUGAACUAAGUAGAAUUGUGGAUGAGCGCCAGCUUAUGGCUGUGUCACAAACUGAACAGGAGCUUGCAUGUAAUGCAAACCAAGCUGUUGCAUUUGAGGCAGUGUUGAAUCUGGUAAACAAUGAGAAAGCUGCAGAUAUUGAUCGCGUGCGGUUGGUUAUGCUGUAUGCCCUCCGAUUUGAAAGAGAAAGCCCCCAGUCUGUGGAGCAGCUUAUAAGUCGGCUCUCAGCAAGAACUAGCAAGCACAAAGCAGCGCUUGUACAUACACUGCUUAAGCAAGCUGGAUUCGAUAAGCGUACAGGUGAUUUGUUUGGCAACAGAGACCUAUUCAACAAGGCCCGAACAUUAGCUCGUGGUCUCAAGGGCGUGGAAAAUGUAUAUACUCAACAUCAACCUCUACUUGCUCAAACAAUUGAGAGCAUUGUGAGAGGACGGUUGCGGGACAUCGAUUACCCAUUUGUGGGCAACCAUUUCCAACAGGGCAGACCACAAGAUGUUGUCAUUUUCAUGGUCGGAGGUACAACUUAUGAAGAAGCACGUAGUGUGCAUCUAGUAAACGCCACACAAACAGGAAUUCGAAUAUUUUUGGGCGGAACCGUUGUUCAAAACUCCACAAGCUUCUUGAAUGAUUUGGAAGAAAUGCAGCGGGUGCAAAAAGUGGAGCGAGGAAGUUUUGCCAGCAUGUAAACCACCACUAGGUGUUCACUCGUAGUCUUUUGCAAUUCCUUCAUUGUUAGACGCCAUUGCCAUGUGAAAUCAUCUAGACUAGUUUUUAGUUCUUUUCUUUAGGCUGUUUAGGUUGGAUGGAAUUAAAAUCAGGGGUUGAGUACUGAGAAAUAGUUAUUCUUCUUAUCUCGAUACAAGUGGCUUAAAAGGUUGUGGACCUUGGUGUGAUGAACCUGAUAAAACACCUGUCAUUGUUAAGCUUUGUAAUUCACCUGUAAGAUAGGUACAUCCUUUUUCCUCCAUUCA